AUGCAGCGCGCCCCGGACCGCCGCCCCGCACCCCCGCAGGCCAUCCGCGCCAUCAAGGCAGAUGCCUGCCGCGACGGCACCGCAGGCAGCCCUGAGACCGACGCGAGGCUGCAGCGCGCUGCGGCCGACCCCGUCGCCGCGCUGGCUGCGCUGUGCCGCGACCGCAUCAGGAAGCUCGACCUCCCGACACUCUACGCCGGCCUCGCGCCGUCCGCAGUGGAGACUGUGGCCUCCACUGUGGUGUACUUCUACCUCUAUUCGCUGCUGAGGCAGGCGGCGGUGUCGGUGCGGCGGCGGCGGGUGGCGUCAGCGGGCGUCGGCAAGGCGCGCGGGGACGAAAUCGGGGUGGCGGCGUCGCUGCUGGUGGCGGCGGCAGCGGGCGCGGGCAACAUGCUGGUGACAACACCGGCUCAGGUUGUGUCCACGAUGAUGAUGGCCAACGCAAAGCUGAGGCAGCGGCUGGAGGAGCAGGGCCGCCCCGCGGGCCACGUGCGCUGCGACACCUGGGGCGUGUGCCGCGAGGUCUGGCGGCAGGACGGGCCCGGCGGCUUCUGGAGGGGCCUGCUGCCCAGCCUCAUCCUGGUGGUCAACCCGGCGGUGCAAUACGCGUUGUUCGAGUGGGGCAUGCAGCGAGCAGCCGCCACCAAGGCGCGUCGCGCGGCGCGGCGGUCGCACCUGCGCGGCGGGCCGCUGGUGGUGCGGGGCCCCGCCGAGCUGGGGCCGGGGGAGGUGUUCUUGAUAGGUGAGCGCGUGCUGGCGCUGCCGCAGGCUCUGGCAGGAUGCAGUGGGCCCAGCCGCGCACAGGGUCGCUCAGUGAUACAAGAAACGCAAGACUGA